AUGUAAUAAGUAAUUCCAGCACCCAGAGUUUAAGUAACAUAACCAUAUGCAGGCUAAAAACCAGGUACUUCAGGCUUACGUAAGAAGGUGAGUGAAGCAACUUAACCAAACUAUUUAGAGAACUUUGUGCAAAGCAUUUUCAAUACAUUACGCAAAGAUGAAUUAAAGCGUAUCCAAUAAUAGUAAUUUUAUUUAGCAAGAAAUGUUCUAUUUGUUGGUGGAGAUGGAAGAUACUUUAAUAGAUAAGCUAUUUUCUAAAUAAUUCGUUUAGCUUAUGCAAAUGAUAUAAGUGAAGUGCAUGUUGGUUAAGCAGGUUUAAUGUCUACUCCUGCCUCUUCACAUUAUAUUCGUAAAGUAAAUGAAGAAGUUGGAAAUUGCAUUGGAGGAAUAAUUCUCACUGCUUCUCAUAAUCCAGGUGGUAAAGAACAUGGAGAUUUUGGAAUCAAAUUUAAUGUAAGAACAGGUGCUCCUGCUCCAGAAGAUUUUACUGAUUAAAUCUAUACAGUAAUUAUAUUUAUUUAUAUAUAUUAGCAUACAACUAAAAUAAAAGAAUAUUUAACAGUAGAUUAUGAUUUCGAGAAAUAUAUAAAUUUAGAUUAAAUUGGUGUUUACAAAUUUGAAGGCACUAGAUUAGAAAAAUAACAUUUUGAAUUUAAAGUAGUUGAUACAGUUUAAGAUUAUACUUAAUUGAUGUAAAAACUUUUUGAUUUUGAUUUGCUUAAAGGAUUAUUUUCAAAUAAAGGUAAAAUUAAUUUAAUAUUAAAUAAAAAGAUUUUUCAUUUAGAUUUGAUGGAAUGCAUGGUGUUGCUGGACCUUAUGCUAAACAUAUUUUUGGAACUUUAUUAGGAUGUUCAAAGGAAUCUCUAUUAAAUUGUGAUCCAUCAGAAGAUUUUGGAGGUGGUCAUCCAGAUCCAAAUUUAACUUAUGCUCAUGAUUUAGUUGAAUUAUUAGAUAUUCAUAAGAAAAAGGAUAUAAAUACAGUUCCAUAAUUUGGAGCUGCAUGUGAUGGAGAUGCAGAUAGAAAUAUGAUAUUAGGUAAAUAAUUCUUUGUAACACCUUCUGAUUCCUUAGCAAUUUUAGCUGCUAAUGCUAAUUUAAUAUUUAAAAAUGGUUUAUUAGGAGCAGCUAGAUCAAUGCCAACUUCAGGUGCUUUAGAUAAGGUAGCAAAUAAAAAUGGAAUUAAAUUAUUUGAAACACCUACAGGUUGGAAAUUUUUUGGAAAUUUAAUGGAUGCAGGAUUAAUAAAUUUAUGUGGUGAGGAAAGUUUUGGAACAGGAUCUAAUCAUAUUAGAGAAAAAGAUGGAAUUUGGGCAGUUUUAGCAUGGUUGACUAUUUUGGCAUAUAAAAAUAAAGAUUCUGAUCAUUUUGUCACUGUUGAAGAAAUAGUUACUUAAUAUUGGUAAUAAUAUGGUAGAAACUAUUAUUCAAGAUAUGAUUAUGAAUAAGUUGAUUCAGCAGGUGCUAAUAAAAUGAUGGAACAUUUAAAAACAAAAUUCUAAUAUUUUGAAGUAUUUAUUAUAUUUUAAUAUAGUAAUUGAAAGAAGGAAAUAAAGCAGAUAUUUAUGAUUAUGUUGAUCCUGUUGAUCAAUCUGUAUCAAAAAAUCAAGGUGUAAGAUUUGUUUUUGGAGAUGGAUCUAGAAUUGUAUUUAGAUUAAGUGGNGCUUCUCAUAAUCCAGGUGGUAAAGAACAUGGAGAUUUUGGAAUCAAAUUUAAUGUAAGAACAGGUGCUCCUGCUCCAGAAGAUUUUACUGAUUAAAUCUAUACAGUAAUUAUAUUUAUUUAUAUAUAUUAGCAUACAACUAAAAUAAAAGAAUAUUUAACAGUAGAUUAUGAUUUCGAGAAAUAUAUAAAUUUAGAUUAAAUUGGUGUUUACAAAUUUGAAGGCACUAGAUUAGAAAAAUAACAUUUUGAAUUUAAAGUAGUUGAUACAGUUUAAGAUUAUACUUAAUUGAUGUAAAAACUUUUUGAUUUUGAUUUGCUUAAAGGAUUAUUUUCAAAUAAAGGUAAAAUUAAUUUAAUAUUAAAUAAAAAGAUUUUUCAUUUAGAUUUGAUGGAAUGCAUGGUGUUGCUGGACCUUAUGCUAAACAUAUUUUUGGAACUUUAUUAGGAUGUUCAAAGGAAUCUCUAUUAAAUUGUGAUCCAUCAGAAGAUUUUGGAGGUGGUCAUCCAGAUCCAAAUUUAACUUAUGCUCAUGAUUUAGUUGAAUUAUUAGAUAUUCAUAAGAAAAAGGAUAUAAAUACAGUUCCAUAAUUUGGAGCUGCAUGUGAUGGAGAUGCAGAUAGAAAUAUGAUAUUAGGUAAAUAAUUCUUUGUAACACCUUCUGAUUCCUUAGCAAUUUUAGCUGCUAAUGCUAAUUUAAUAUUUAAAAAUGGUUUAUUAGGAGCAGCUAGAUCAAUGCCAACUUCAGGUGCUUUAGAUAAGGUAGCAAAUAAAAAUGGAAUUAAAUUAUUUGAAACACCUACAGGUUGGAAAUUUUUUGGAAAUUUAAUGGAUGCAGGAUUAAUAAAUUUAUGUGGUGAGGAAAGUUUUGGAACAGGAUCUAAUCAUAUUAGAGAAAAAGAUGGAAUUUGGGCAGUUUUAGCAUGGUUGACUAUUUUGGCAUAUAAAAAUAAAGAUUCUGAUCAUUUUGUCACUGUUGAAGAAAUAGUUACUUAAUAUUGGUAAUAAUAUGGUAGAAACUAUUAUUCAAGAUAUGAUUAUGAAUAAGUUGAUUCAGCAGGUGCUAAUAAAAUGAUGGAACAUUUAAAAACAAAAUUCUAAUAUUUUGAAGUAUUUAUUAUAUUUUAAUAUAGUAAUUGAAAGAAGGAAAUAAAGCAGAUAUUUAUGAUUAUGUUGAUCCUGUUGAUCAAUCUGUAUCAAAAAAUCAAGGUGUAAGAUUUGUUUUUGGAGAUGGAUCUAGAAUUGUAUUUAGAUUAAGUGGUACCGGAUCUGUAGGUGCAACUAUUAGAAUCUAUUUUGAAUAAUUUGAAUAAUUAGAUAUUAAACAUGAAACAGCUACUGCUUUAGCAAAUAUUAUUAAGCUUGGAUUAGAAAUUAGUGAUAUUGCUUAAUUCACAGGAAGAAAUGAACCAACUGUCAUAACUUGAAC